CAAGGAUUUGGCUCAGAGAAAUGAUGGGUCACAACAUCUUGAUAUCACGCAGAUGACGGUCUGCAGCACUCGGCCACUGCAAGUCGUGCAAUGGGCGAGGGAGUUGCCCAUCAAGAUGAGCCUGUGGUGAAGGUGGAGGAGUAUUUUCCUUUGGGGCCAUUGUCCACCACGUCUCAGAGCUUCCUGCGGCUGCACGGAGCGGGAGAAGAGCUCUUCGUGAUGAGGUGCCAAGGUGAUGCCAAGCUCAUGCGCAAAGCUCGCUGGAAUGAAUAUUUCCAGGCACAGGAAGUUUGGGGUGUGAAGCUUUGGAGCAGCUCCAAGCGUUUCAAGCUGUCAGAGCUUCGCUCUUUGACGGGUCAUGGCAAAGCCUUCGUGCCACUGGAGCAGAGCCCAAGAGUGACCCGUGUUGAGGAGCACUGCCGUCAUGCAAAUGUCGGUGUAUGGGGGUGGAUAUUUCGCUUGAAGCAUUCGGUUCUGGCUGGACCUCAGCUGUGCGGCUGAAAUCAGGAGAAGAGGAGGACCUUCUCUAUUUGGACAAAAAUGCAGAUGUUGGAGUCAGCUGGAGAAAAGCAGGGCCAUUUGAACGUUUCCCAGAGGCACCUAGAAAUGGCUAUGGCUUUGAUGUGGAUGUUUCAUUGCAGGAUGUUUGGGAUGCUGCUGUGACCACGCACGCGUUUCACGAGACACAAGAAGUUUCCAACUGUCAGCACUUUGUGCGAGAGAGCUUGGAAGAGCUUUCCUGCAGGGGGCAUCUACAAGCUGAAGGCCCCAUGACACUGCGCAACCAGAGUGUUGCUGACGGCCUGCACUACUUGGGUUAUUUGGAUGAACAGCGGAAGGCACUCAGCUCGAGCCCCGUGCAACUUCAACGACUCUGGGCCUCUGUCAUGAGUUGGAACUGCAAGCUCAGCAUGGCUCGCUGGGGGAGCUCCUGGGCCGAAUGCUUCUAUUUGAAGCCCGUGUGCUGGUGCGACAUCGAAAAUUACACUUGUGCCACAUGCUGUGAAGUGAAGUCAGAUUUCCUUUUCUCUUGAGAGAAGACCAUGCACUGACCUUCCAUGCAUGCAUGUGUUUGGGUGAAGCGAUCUGUUUGUUGAACCGCUUGCCGUGUCACCGCCGCAAUUUAUUGGUGUCCCAGACCAUGC